AUCCAGUUUUCAAGUGGAAUAAUGUACAUAAUUCCACUCAUAUCAUUUAUUCUUUUGUCGUUACCAGGGCAUAUAUGUGUCGUCAACAGCUCAUUUAGCUCUGAACUUGAGUCAUUGUUUGAUGACAUUAUUAGAAUAAUACAGAAGCUGAAAGGAACAGGGCAUGUAGGACAAGGAGGAGAUCUGAUGCAAAAAGACAUACCUGCAUUCUCCGCUUAUCUGGAUUUUGUACAAUAUGUACCACCCAACGUUAUUGUAAAAUUCAAUAAGGUUUGGACGAAUAACCUGAACGGAUAUGACGUCAAUACUGGUAUAUUUACUGCUCCAAUGCGAGGUCUUUAUCACUUCUCUGCAGUUUUCAUGUCAGAAAUGGGGAAAACAUUAUAUCUACAUUUAUGGCAUAAUAAAAAAAUGACGGCUGGCAGUUACACAAACGGCGAUGGGCUUAAGACUGGUACCUUUGAUGUUGUUUUGACCUUGAAGAAAGGUGAUCGAAUCUACAUAAGGUGUAAGGGAGGUCAUUAUAGCCAUGACAGUCAAAGAAUCUUCAGUGAUGGUGAUAACUAUAGUACAUUUUCUGGAUACCGUAUCGCCUAA